AUCUAUUUACAUGUUACAGUAAGUCCAACAUAGGCUACAUACAUAUGAAAUUAAGGCUUUAAACCCACACACACGUUUGUAAAAGGUUAAAGUUCGCCAAAAGAUAAUCAACUAUUCUAAAAAAACAAACAAACAAAAAAAAAAACGUAUUAGCAAAAUAUGACAAGUAAAAAAAAAGUCAAAAAUGGGAAGUGAUGUACCUGAUUCAACCACUAGAUGGCACCCUUGUCCAGUGUAGAAAAUAAAGAGCUCUAUUCCGUUAGUACAUUUGUGUUACAUAACACACCAGUUUGACAUCAGUGGGUUACAUGAAAAUUAAAAUGAAUAAUAUAUUAACAACAAACAAGAACAAUAGCUUAAAAACUAAAAAUACGUGCGUCAAAAACCCUGCUAAGGGCAACUUUCUGUGACCUAUAACGUUACAUUUAUACACACAUUCAUAUACUGUAUAUAUAUAUAUAUAUAUAUACAUAUAUACAUAUAUAAAGCUCUUCACUAACCUGUAAGCUCUUCACUAACCUGUACUUGGCUUGGAUUAUCUGUUAGAAACGUGCAAGCAUGCCUCUGCACAUAUGACUGGGAACCAAUAGUUGAAGAGUUUGAUCAUCUAAUAAAAUCACUAAAGGAUAAAAGCACGGCAUGGUAGCAGGAAGUGCAUGGUCCAUGAUGGUGUCUAGUCCAGACAACAGGAAGAUAACGCAGCAUAACACUAGGGGGCGUGGUCCAGAAUUUUCUUUAAUCCAGAAUCAUCCUCUGAGUCAGUUAAUCUAACAGUGUCAGUGCACUCUGUGAGACCAGAGGGGAAGACAAACAAGGUGACAAGAUUGUCAUAAUCAAAACAAAGGAAACAGUUGAAAAUGGCGCUGCUGAGGUCAGGCUGGCUGUGGAGACAGACGUCUGUUCUUAAACGCUGGAAGUUAAACUGGUGUCAUCUUUGGAUCGAUGGAAGCCUGUGUUUCUACAAGACAGACAAGAGACGUGAGGUGGAGCACCGGGUCAACUUAACGUCAGCUUGUGUAGAUGUAAGGUCGGGCCUGGAGUGUCGAGGUGUGACUCCACCUGAGAACAACCCCAGGGAAAAUCUCAUCAUGGUUCAGCUCACAGAUGGCUCCACCGUCAACCUGUGCGCCCACAGUGAAGAUGAGUCUCUAGCAUGGAAACUGACUCUGCUGGAAAUUAGGAGAAACCUGGUAUUCACCUAUGACCCAUAUAAUGACUCGUACCAGGCGGUCCCCAUCAAUAGCUACCAGACUGUCUACUUCUCACCUGCAGCAGGAACUCACCAGUUUGUAGUUCAGAGAGACCCCUUUGAUCGGACCAUGGACACGUUAGCGCUGAGUUUACUUGGAGGAAUAGCAGCAGGUGUGGCCAUGAGAACAUUCCUCUGGACGCCUCUGUUUUUCUGCUGAGGUGGGAUCCAAGCUGGAACUUUACUAAGCGCCACCCCCAUCUGUUGACUUCAGGGCUGGAUACACUUCCUCCUGCGGCCCCGAAAAAAGAUUAAGCAGUAGAAGAAUAACUAACUCUUAUCAAAUUUAGUGCAGUACAUUAUUGAGGACACUAGAUAGCACCAUUAUGUUUAGUUCGGAAAUAGAUGCACGAUCGUUAUUUUCAAAAACAACGAUUGGUACAGGAUUACAGAAUGUCACGUGGAGUUUGAGCUUUCCAAUAAAUACAGGUCAUUUUUUGUUUGCUGUUUUUUUUUUCUUUUAUUUUCUUAAUAAACCAACUAGUACCCAACUAUUAGUCCAGUCAGGGUCCAACACUCCCUUUCAACAGGCAUGUGGGUAAAAAA